CUCAAUGUCGUUAGUGGUGAUAUAUUGGAAUAGUUACCAGACAAUAUUCGCUUUUAUGACUAUUGUUAAUCUAACACGACAGACAGCAGAUAUUUCAAUCAAGACAUGUCUGAAGAAUCCACCGUCUUUAGAAGGUCCGUUUGUCUUUCAUCAUUUUAAUGGAACGCUGGAAGACCUGAAUAAUAAAUAUCAGAAAUAUAAGCCUGAACUCGGUGGUAAAUUUAAACCAUUGGAGUGCCCGGAGAGAGAGAAACUAGCAAUAAUAAUACCAUACCGAGACAGACAGAGACAUCUGAUGGACUUCUUGUCACACAUGCCACCAAUGCUGCUCCGUCAACGAGUUGAAUUCACUAUAUUUGUUAUCGAGCAGGAUCCACUAGAAAAAUUUAACCGAGCACUGAUGAUGAAUGUUGGUUAUUUAGAGGCAUUAAAACAAGAUAACUAUUCAUGUUUUAUAUUUCACGAUGUCGACAUGUAUCCUAUUAAUGAUAAUAAUAUAUACCAAUGUUCAACAUCUCCAAGACACUUGGCUGUAGCUGUUGAGAAAUGGAAAUUUGGAUUACCGUACCUUAGUUAUUAUGGUGGAGUUGUUGCUUAUCCUAAGACUGUUAUAGAAAAGACCAAUGGAUUCUCCAAUCUGUACUUUGGUUGGGGUGGUGAAGAUGAUGAUCUAGGAGCCAGAUUGGCGGUGAUAGAGUUGAAGUUUGUACGUCCUUCCGCAGUUUAUGGUAGAUAUGCCACCCCUGUUCACGGCAAGGAUAAAGGCAAUCCAGUGUCCCCAGACAGAUUCAGGCUUUUAGGGAAAGCCAAGAGUCGUAUAUGGUACGAUGGACUAAACAGUGUUGUGUAUAAUGUAAGUAAAAUAGAAAAGAAGAAAAUAUAUACACACAUACAUAUAACAGUGGAUCGGAAAAAACUUGAAGAGAAUGUGAAGUUAAAGAAAAUAGAAUUGGAAAAGCAGCAGCAUAAGAAAAUGUCUCUCAUUGAUAAGCAGUAAUGGUCUUCACUUGGAAAAGCAGCA